AGCCAGUGCUCGAGCGAGAGUGCAUAACAGUCGCUGCUGUUCGUCGCUGUCUCGUCUCUCAUCUCUCUCAUCUCUCUCCUCUCUUCCAUCUCCAUCUUACACAUCUUCCACAUCUUCCAACAUGUCCGCAUCAUCCGUCGCUCCCGGUGAUUACGAGGGUAUCCGCAAGCAGAUCAAGGCUGUCCUCAAGCAGCCUGGCUACGACGACGGCUCGGCCGGCCCCAUCUUCGUCCGUCUCGCCUGGCAUGCGUCCGGCACCUACUCUGCCAAGCCAGGAAACGGCGGUUCUAACGGAGCCGGCAUGCGUUUCGCGCCUGAGUCCACGGACGGCGCAAACGCCGGCCUCGAGCACGCCCGCGCAUUCCUCGAGCCCAUCAAGGCUGCCAACCCGUGGAUCUCGUAUGCCGACCUCUGGACGCUCGCCGGCGUCACUGCCGUCGAGGCGAUGAACGGGCCCAAGGUGCCCUGGACGCCUGGACGCACCGACUUUCCCUCUGAGAAGGAGGCGAACACGCGCGGCGACAUUGAGAACCGCCUCCCCGACGCGGCCCAGGGCGCCCAGCACAUCCGCGACGUCUUCUACCGCAUGGGCUUCAACGACCAGGAGAUCGUGGCGCUGAGCGGCGCGCACAACCUCGGCCGCUGCCACACCGACCGCUCGGGCUUUGACGGCCAGUGGGUCGUCAACCCCACGCGCUUUAGCAACCAGUUCUUCAAGCUGCUGCUCACGCGCAAGUGGGUGCCGAAGAAGUGGGACGGCCCGUUCCAGUACGAGACGGUCGUCGCCGGCACGCCCGUCAUGGCGCUGCCCACGGACAUGGCGCUCAUCGAGGACCCCAAGUUCCGCGUCUGGGCCGAAAAGUACGCCAAGGACCAGAAGCUCUUCUUUGAGCACUUUGCCGCUGCAUUCGGCAAGCUUAUCGAGCUUGGCGUGUCGCGCGACGGCAAGGGCAUCGCGCUCGUCGCUGGCGCUGGCGGGUGCCCGUUCGCACACCUCGCACGCGACCGCGCACGCCUGUAAGUGCCCACGCUCGCGCCCGCUCGCAGGCCGCCCAAGCUUGUUCCCAUAGAUUGUAGACGACUACAGCCCUGUAGACAUUAAUGCACCCGCAUAGACUCGGA